GCCACCACAUCAAGAUGGGUCGCUGAGCUCGCUGAUUUUCACUUCACCAUUAAGUACAAACCAGGGAAGGAAAACAGUGAUGCAGAUGCUUUAUCAAGAAUGCCACUUGAUGUAGAAACCUUAAUGAGAGACUGUUCUGAGGAAGUGCCACCGGACACUAUCUCAGCUGCUAUCCAGGCCAUUGAGGUACAGAAAGGCACACCUGCCACAUGGACACUGUCAGCUGCAGCAAUGUCAGUCACAGCAGAAGGUGAGCCAGCAGAAGCAACAUUUACACCCAUACCAAAAGAACAGCUUAAUGAAGCGCAAAAGUCUGAUCCUGUUAUAAGCCCUGUAUUACAGUGUAAACAGACAGAUUCAAAACCACUGCCCAAAGAGCUAAGAACAUUUGACCCUAAGACAAAAUGCUUGUUCAGAGAGUGGGGCAAGUUAACGCUAGAUAACCAUGGCAUCUUGUACAGACUCACUUCUGCCCGGAAACAACUAGUCCUGCCAGAUCAGUUCAAAAAGACUGUACUUGAAGAGCUACACAAUAAUAUGGGCCAUCAAGGUGUUGAUCGCACAGUGUCUUUGAUACGUGAACGCUUCUUUUGGCCACACAUGCAGGCAGACAUUGAGCAUUAUGUGACCAACGUUUGUUCCUGUGUAAAGCAGAAAAAGCCCAGCCAUGAAACAAGACCUCCUUUAACAAACAUUGUAACUACGCAGCCCUUUGAGCUGGUAUGUAUAGACUUUCUCCAUCUUGAAAAAUGCAAAGGUGGUUAUGAAUAUAUUUAGUGAUAACUGACCACUUCACACGUUUUGCGCAAGCUUAUGCCACCACCUCAAAGUCAGGCAAAACUGCUGCAAACCUGAUAUUCAAUGACUAUGCCCUAAAGUUUGGCUUCCCCUGUCGCAUUCACCAUGACCAAGGAGGUGAAUUUGAAAAUCAGCUAUUCAGUCAGCUCAAGAAACUGUGUGGCAUGGCCGGUUCUAGGACAACACCCUAUCACCCAAUGGGGAACGGUCAAGUUGAACGUAUGAACAGGACAUUGUUGCAAAUGCUUAGAACACUAACUGAAACACAAAAGUCAAACUGGAAGGAAUCUAUCAACAAGUUAAUGUAUGCAUAUAACUGCACACGUUGUGAAGUCACUGGCUACUCCCCAUUUUACCUACUGUUUGGACGGUCACCCAGGCUACCAGUAGAUAUGCUCUUUGGACUGUACUCAGAAACAGAUUUUAGUGACCACAGAGACUAUGUUGAAAAAUGGAGAAAGGGCAUGGAACAAGCAUACUCUAUAGCAAAUGAGAAUGCAAAGAAAGCUGCUGAAAAGAGCAAAAGACACUACGACACAAAAGUAAGGAGUUCUGUGUUACAACCUGGCGAGAGAGUUCUGGUCAAAAACCUGACACCUAGAGGAGGCCCAGGGAAACUGAGAGACUAUUGGGAGGACACUGUUCACACAGUAGUCAGACAAAUGGGGCCUGACCUCCCUAUCUAUGAGGUAAGACCGGAGAGAGGCAGAGGGCGCUCUAGAGUGCUUCACAGAAACUUGCUUAUGUCAUGUGACCACUUACCUUUUGAAAAAGUGCCUGAAAAAGAUAAUCGUACAAGACAUGAACAGAAAAAGGUUGAUAAACCCGUCGCUGUUGUGCCAGAUUCUGAUGAUGAGGGCAGUGUUGAUGAAUACCGCUGUCAUUACGCACCACCUCAACCUGUGUCCCAGCCAUCAGAUCAAGAACUUCUUACAGCAACGUCUCAGCCCGCAGCUUCAACCCCUGCUCUUGCACCAACACCAGAGCCUCUUGCUGGAGACCGUCUGGAGGCGCCUGACCCAGCUGUCGUGGAGACAACUUGUGAGGAGGCAGAGCCCACUGCAGGUGACAUACCUGCUCCUCCCCCACCUGUUGUACUUGAGGAAGAGUCACCUCAGCGGCCACAGCGAGAGACACACCCGCCGAGACGGAUGACGUAUGACCAACUGGGCACCCCAUCCUGCUAAAGUGUUCAGCCAGCACCGCAACUGCUUCCUGUGUACCCGGGUCUGGUCCCAUGGUUUCCAGCUGUGCAGUCAUACUGCACUCAGCCCAUUGGUUUGUAUGGAAUAAUGUCUUUCAUCCUGUUUUCCUU